UGUGGCUCCGGUGGCACAAGGGAAAGAUCCGGAGGGAAAGAUGAGAGGCGGCACAGUGACCAUUGGGGAGGCGUUGGAAGCGACGGCUAUAUCGAUUGGUGAUAAGCCGGUGGACCGUAAGGACGCAGCCGCUAUUCAGACAGCUGAAACCAGAGCAACUGGUGGUAAGACUGUGCCUGGCGGUGUUGCGGCCACUGCUCAGGCUGUCGCCACGUUGAACGAACGGAACAUCGAGAGCAGAGUCACUAUAUCCGACGUUCUCACUGUAAUGCCGAUAACAAAAACAGUUUCAAGAGUAGAAUUCUUGAUUUGGGUUGAAGGGUUUUGCGUAAUGUGGUAUAUCGUUUUCAUUGGAUACGGCAGGAUGCCAUGGAUAAGCUUCUGAGGGACAGAGCAGUGACGGUUGA